AUACUCAACAAACUACUCAUGGCCUAGAGAUGGACAUAAAACAGGAGCCUCAAUCAGAGGUGCCGUGUGAACCUCUCCGACACAUGGUUGUUGACCAGACAGUUACAGCUGGGGUGAAGGUAGAAAAGCCUGAUUUAUCGAUAAAGGUCGAAG